AGCUCAGAUAUGGUGUGACGUCAUCAACGUUCGACGGCUCAAUGACGAAAUCAAACGUAGACAGGUGGUGAACCAACAGUGGUGCUAAUGCUGUUAGCUAACGUUACUGCUUCAGAAAAGGCUGCUCUUUCCUGGAAAUUGUUAUUCAUCGAUGAAUCCGCUAAUUAGACGCCGACUACCCCUGUCAGUAGAGAGUUUUCUGACUAACUUUGAUCCAAAGGAGGAAUGGACUGAUCCAGAAUCCGACACAACAACCAGAGAUGGGAUUCUCCUCCCGUCUAGAAGUUCUGCGUCCAACUCAGAGGAGUUCCUCUCUCCAGCCAAGACCUGCAACGAGGAAGCUCAGAAUAACUCAGCAGCAGCAGCAGCAGCAUGCACGUUCUGUAAAUGUAACCCUUCCCGUUACACCUGUCCUCGGUGUAACCUCCAGUACUGUGGGUUAUCGUGCUAUCAGAGCCGGGAGCACGCUGGCUGUUCAGAGGAGUUUUACAAGGAGUCUGUUCUUCAGGAGCUGAAGGAAAUGGGAAAGACAGAAAGUGAGGGGAAAAGGAGGAUGCAGGAGAUUUUGUUGGGACUUCAACAAAAGGGAGAAGUGACAGAAGGAGGGAUGGAACAAGUGUUAAAGGAAGUGGGUGUUGUGAAAGACAAAUCUGAGGAGGAAAAAGUGCAGGUUGUUGCGCUUUUGUCCAGGUUAGCCCAACUCCAGCAGUCUGAGGGGGAGAGUUCUACAGAGAUCGAAGCCAUUCUGAGAAAACUGGAGGAAAUCGGAGGAGCAGAUCCAACGUCUGGAGACGAGGAUGCAGAGGAGGAGGUGGACCUUGCGGAACGAAUGAAAGGGCUGGAUAUUGAUAAACUGUCAGAAGACGAGCUGUGGGACCUUCUCAACAGUAAAGAGAGAGAAUCAUUUAUGGGUCUAAUGAAGAGUGGAGGGCUUGGGGAGCUGGUUCCUCCGUGGAAGCCCUGGUGGGAGGAGCAUGAAGAGGAGCAGAAAACACUGGUGGAGGAGCUUCAAGGAGAACAGGGCAAACUGGAGAGAGAAACUACAAAUCAGGAGGACAAAAAUAACAAAAAUAAAACAUCUCAAGUAGACGAACAAUCAAGUAAAUUGACUUCAAAGGUGAAAAAUAAAGGCAGAACCAAAAAGGAGAUAUGUCAAAGUGGAAGAAGUUCAGCUGUUUCUGGAGUUCCUUCAGUUUCUGCAAAAAUUCCAAAGUUAAUUUCCUUGUGUGCAAAUCCAUCUCCUUUAGUCUGCAACAGUGUAGUGAAUACCCUUUAUAGCUACGCCUUUACUCUUCGUCUGUUUAAUGGAGACACAGAUUCACUGAUUUUAGAGAUCUGUGAGACGAUCCUUGCUCUCUCUGAAGCCCUCCACUCAAGUAAAGUGUUCAACUCCGUCCAAGAGGCCAUAGACUGCGUUCAACCUCUCAUUUUAGGAGGAGGCUAUCUUGACAAAGAGGAUCUUCUAGCUCCAGCGAGGGCAGUGGAAGCGGUCGCUCAUAUCAUGACCGGCAAGAACCGACAGGAUUCAACCGGAUACUGUCUGUCUGCUUUAAGCCAGCUUCGCACAAUGUUUUCAGACACCAGAAAAACUCUGUCCAAAGAGGGAGACGAUGCUGCGAAGAGGCAGAAGUUCUUUCAAGCUAGUAAAAAGUGUGAGUUCUAUCAAGCCUGGGUGGUGGAAAACGAAGAUCGGAUUCAAAGGCUGGCCGCUGAGUUGUGGCGUGAACACAGUAGAAGAGAGAGUUUAAGAAACGGUAUGGACAAAGCAAAGACUUUAGUUGAAGAAAAUCUGAAGAAAGAAAAGAAAAAGAAAGUGAACAAAGAUCUGAUUAAGGAAUUGAACUGAUGUAUUCUUUGUUUAAUGUGUGGAUUUUAAGAUAUUUUUUGUAAUAAAGUUUACAGAAAAUUAAA